AAAACUGCACAAAAUGGGGAGUUUUCUUAUAUUUUAUUUCAAGUUUGAAAAAAAAACAAAAACAAUGAAUUUAUCCGACAGAAAAAAAGAAGAUCUGUUAAACUUCACACUAAUACUAAAUUAUAACAACAUAAUAAUAAUAAUACAUAGCUCUGGAGCCUUCCUCAUCGUUCCCUCUUGAAUGUUUUUGUACUGAACUGGUUUACACUACAAUUUCAUUCCAGAACGCUCCUGAAAAGAUUACAUUUCUACAUGCAGGGUUAAUCUGUAAAAAAGAUACCAUUUAUUAUUUUUAUUACUAUUAUUUGAAUAAGUAACAGAAUAAUGGUUUCUGUAAUAUCAAAAGAUAGACUCUCUUAGUAUUAACUGAGAUAAAGAAUCUCUUCAGAUCAGGGUCACUUCCUGGUUUCCAAUUCCUAGACACUUCUAAAGGAACUGAUUAAACGGGAAUGGGAAUUGAGGCAACCUGGCUUCCGAUUUCACCUGCGACAAUCUCAUUCCCAGACACAGGGAGAGAGGUGGGUCCCAGUGUGCCGGGGGGCUGGGGGAGCGCUCGAAGCAGAUCUCAUUCCCAGACACAGGGUGAGAGGUGGGUCCCAGCGUGCCGGGGGGCUGGGGGAGCGCUCAAAGCAGAUCUCAUUCCCAGACACAGGGAGAGAGGUGGGUCCCAGCGUGCCGGGGGGCUGGGGGAGCGCUCAAAGCAGAUCUCAUUCCCAGACACAGGGAGAGAGGUGGGUCCCAGCAUGCCGGGGGGGCUGGGGGAGCGCUCAAAGCAGAUCUCAUUCCCAGACACAGGGAGAGAGGUGGGUCCCAGCGUGCCCGGGGACUGGGGGAGCGCUCAGGGGUCGAAGCAGAUCUCAUUCCCAGACACAGGGAGAGAGGUGGGUCCCAGCAUGCCGGGGGGGCUGGGGGAGCGCUCGGAGCAGAUCUCAUUCCCAGACACAGGGAGAGAGGUGGGUCCCAGCGUGCCCGGGGACUGGGGGAGCGCUCGGGGGUCGAAGCAGAUCUCAUUCCCAGACACAGGGAGAGAGGUGGGUCCCAGCGUGCCCGGGGACUGGGGGAGCGCUCAGGGGUCGAAGCAGAUCUCAUUCCCAGACACAGGGAGAGAGGUGGGUCCCAGCAUGCCGGGGGGGCUGGGGGAGCGCUCGAAGCAGAUCUCAUUCCUAGACACAGGGAGAGAGGUGGGUCCUAGCGUGCCCGGAGACUGGGGGAGCGCUCGGGGGUCGAAGCAGAUCUCAUUCCCAGACACAGGGAGAGAGGUGGGUCCCAGCGUGCCGGGGGGCUGGGGGAGUGCUCAGGUGCAAUGAAAGACAGACAGGCACUGCAGUGUACGGUAGCCCGUGAUUAUAAUAAACACUGUUUAAAUACCUCAGUGUGCAUUCCUGAGGGACGGCACUGCGUUGAGAAGGGGACGGGCGUAAACUAGAGACCCACCAGCAGUGGGCUUGGGGCACUGCCAGCAGUACAAACCAUUGAGGAUACAGUGAGUGAGGGAAGGAGCAGAGACACACACAGGCAGACGGGUACGCACGCACAUCACCCAGAAACACUGACUUCAGAAAAGAAAUGGAACACAGUUAAGAAUUCAAUGACAAAUGUUUGCACUCGUUUUUGUUUUGAAAAGCACUGCACAUAGACACAGCCCCGAGCUGCUAGCUCGCAAGCCUCGAGCCCCUUCUCUCCUGCUCCAGGAAGUCAGGACACAGCCUGACACGCAGGGGAACAGUGAUGCGGUUUUAGCAGAUUGCGUUUCUGUUUAGAUGUGAUACAUUAGGAAGAGAGGUUGAGGUGUGCUGGGUAAGUGGGGGGUGGCGGUGCAGAAGAGCAGAGGUUCCACCCCCCCCACCCAAAUAAAGCAGAGAUGGGGAUACCUUCCUUCCUUCCUCGGUCCUAUUCUGAUGAUGCAUAUACCAGUAUGCAUGUGUUUUCAGAUUUGAAAGUGCCUCUUCCUCUUAUUUAUUUAAUACAAGAUUUGUAAACUGAAGUUUACAGGAACAGACUUGAGUGAACACAACCAGACACCAGCGGCUGCCACAGAAACACACAGCCAAGCCCUGAAAAGAGCAGCCAGCCUGGGUCUCAGCCACACAGAGAAGCACAGGAAAGUGACACAAGCAGCAACAGCGUGAUGAGACUGAGGGGAAGCUGCAGACAGGAGCAACUCUCCUCUGUGCUCAGGCCUGUGCACACACAUAGUGGGGAGGGUGCUGCCCUCUACUGGAAGGAGCAGUAAACUUCAGCUUCCUCCAGGCAUCACAAAGACAGGAAAUUGACAAACAGGGGUUCCCUUAACAGAGGGAAACCAGGAGCAAAUAAUAUACUGAAACACAUGGGGUGCUAUGUUCUCAUUCCAGCAGCACCCCGAAAACCACUGGGGCAUUUUUGUUUUCAUUUCUCUCCCCCCUUUUUCAUAAAACUUGGUGGAGGAUUCACAUACCUUAGACAUCAUAAAUCUGACACGAAAAAACAAAACAAAAAACAAAAUAAAACGACAGACUGAGCCGAGAGCAAACCCUGCCUGCGACUUGGAUCCACUCCUCAGCCCUGUUAGUGUUUGUGCUGCAGCACCCCCUGCUGGAGGGACCUGGCUCUGCACCCAGUUGAACUGCCCGGCCGUACGCUGAUCAAGUUACAGAAGAGAGUGUGAAACCCUGACCCUCGCUCCACAUCAGGGAGCUCCAUUCGACAGGACGGCGCUUUGAAAAGUUCACCGCGCUCACUUUUAUAAGAGAGAGGUGGCGGCCAAAACACUUUGCUUGUAAAUCAGAACAACCGAAAAUCUGAAAUGAGCAACGAGAGACACAGAGACAGAGGACAGAGAGACAGAGAGCGAGAGAGAGAGAGAGAGAGAGAGAGAGAGAGAGAGAGAGAGAGAGAUGAAUACUCCAGGUCUGUAAAUACUGUGCUGACAGACGCAGGGAAGUCAAGCCCAGCUUUGUAACUCCAGAAGCAACCUGCAGGACCGGGCAGAGCGAGGGGCAGAGCGAUUAGUGUUCAGGGGUGGACAGUCGGAGCAGCUCCGCAGAGCACAGGGUUUGCUCGCAGCCCUGAUUCACUGAUGGAUUAUUGAUUUGCUGUUUGACGGGGGUGGUUAGUGUUAGUGUUCUCUGAACAGAACAGCGCUGUCCUUGUGGCAGGUGCUACAACCCCCC